UAGGCCCCCGGUUUGAUGAAAAGAGUCCACCGGCUGUCGUGGAUAGUAUACGGAUGGGCAUAGCAACCCCGAGCUUGCGGUUGAUCUUCUGCCUUCGCCGCCGUCAUGGACCCUCCGGCUAGCAAAGAUGGGCCUGAUGGCUCAUCCCUUAAACCAGUCUCGUCGCUCCUGGCGAAAUUCGAAAACAUGAACAAAGCUGGCGACACCCAGCAGUCAUCCAGUUCUAGCGCCAGAACGACAUCUCCUGCGCCCAAGCCCGACCGGCUACGGGACCCGAGUCCUUUGGGGGCACGCGAACCCCCCGCCAUCCCGACAAGACCCAAGGAUAGGGCGAAUAUCCCGAGUUUACAGCCGCAGUACACUGGUGUCAGUGUCGCUAGUACUGCCGGUUAUUCUAGCUCACCAAUCCGUUCCGUGCCUCCGCCGAUAUCCUCGUUAGCUCCUCGACCGGCCCAACCUCCUUUCCUCAACGUUCAACCGCCCCAAUCACCACCGAGCCGCAAUGUAGAUGGUGUGGCGGUCGGGGAGCGCCCUUCUUUCCUCCAGACCGAUUCGCUCGCUAAAGUCGCGUCGCCUCCCACCGCUAGCAAGCAAUUCAAGAUACCGAGUCGCCCUAUUACACCGGCCACCUCCGAUCCACAAAGAUCGCCUCGACUGGCCGCUACACAGCCUCCGUCUCCUCCCCCGCCUCGCCGAUCGGUUGAACUACAAAGGCCCCGGGACGUUGAAAAGCCAAGGCCGGUGCCGCCACCCGUUAACAGGGCGGAAAAGCCCGUGAUUCCUUCUCGCUCCUCGGUUCAGAUUGAGAGAAGCCAAGCAUUGGAUAUCAAGACUCGAACCCCAGAAAGAAUCUCGCCUUUCAGCAGUCCGCCUAGUAGCAAUGGCACACCUGACGAAGAUAGCUCCCCGCCGAUGCUACCUGCGCGACCGAGAGCUCAACAACAACAGAGGGAACCGAAUCCGGAGGGACUUCAGAGGUCGCGGACCUUUCACGUGGGUUUUGAUCCACCACCCCUUCAUCCUUCAGCAGCACGGCAAAGGCGGGGCAGGGAAGAGGAAAUGGGCAGUACUAGGGGCCCGGUAACGCGACAUCAUACAGGCGGGAACCAACCGCCAGCUCUCCCAGCUCGCCCGCACAGCAUCAUAGAGACGAGCCGCACACUCAAUGGGAUGAUGAUGAUGGCGCCGCCACCGCGCCCCCCAAAGCCGGGUGUUAACGCGAACUUGGAUCCAAACCCUCCCGGCAGCAUAUCGCAGAAACGAAUAGUGUCGACACCAAAUCAGUAUCAGCCCUCAGUUCCGUCCAGAACUCACGUUAGGUCCAUGACUGUGGAUAGGACAUCGAACCGCGUUCCUAACGAAUUCCGCGCACCACCAACCCCGAUCAGCGCUCCUACUCACGAUCGCAUUCCCGAACGCAUCCCCGAAGUCGUCCCGGUCACUUCAUCCAGAACAGCCAACACCGGGCCAACCAUUACAAUGGCAUAUCCUGACGCAACAAACACGAACCGGAGCAAACCUUACAUCAGCAAGGGCGUUCAUGAGAUUUACACAAAGUACGACACUCGGAUGCUUGAUGUGUGCGGCGAACUCGUAUGCACGACUGGCGGCUAUACACGCGUGUGGAGUUUACUGGAUGGCGAACUGGUUAUGAGCCUGUCCAUGGGUGAAGGGCAAAAGGGAACCGCGGUCAUGUUCAAACCAGGGGCGCACGUCGACGAUGAAGGCACAAAGGUGUGGAUCGGCAACAACCUUGGAGAGUUGCUGGAGGCCGAUAUUGGCACGCAGAGAAUCACGGACAGUCUACCAAAUGCGCAUGGCCGAUCGGAGAUAAUUAGGAUAUACAGGCAUUUUAACGAAGUAUGGACAUUGGACGACAGCGGAGCCCUCAAUGUUUGGGGCCCAGACGAGAGCCACACCCCGACCCUCUCCAACGGGCCCAGCCAGUCGUUCCGAGUGCCUAGGGGUCACACUUUCUCGAUGGUAGUGGAAGACGAGCUAUGGUACGCGACAGGCAAGGAUAUUCGGGUCUUCAAACCCACUGUGGACGGGAAGACACAGUUUCAGGUUCUUUUGAGGGCCCUAUGUCAGCAAGAUGCUGGCGAAGUGAUAUCCGGAGCAGUGCUUGCAUCUGAUCCGGACAUGGUUUACUUCGGCCAUAGUGACGGAAAAGUCAGCGUCUACUCCAGGAAAGACUACACAUGUCAGUGUAUAAUGAAUGUCAGCCAGUUCAAGAUCAACUCACUUGCCGCAGCCGGUUCGUAUCUCUGGGCUGGAUACAACAAUGGCAAGGUAGCUGUUUACGACGUGACACAAACCCCAUGGGCCGUCAAGAAGGAAUGGGUAGCCCACGAAAAUCCCGUCAUCAAGCUGAUCGCUGAUCGUUCGAGCUCUUACAAGCUUGACCGGUAUCAGGUUGUCUCUCUUGGAGCAGAUAACAUGGUACGAACUUGGGACGCGCUGUUGCAAGAGGACUGGCUUGAGGGCGAAAUGAAGAGGAAAGACGUGGAAUACUGCGAGUUCCAGAAUCUGAAGGUGUUGAUUAUGACAUGGAACGCGGGAGCUUCAACUCCUCACAGUCUUCGAUAUUCUGAUUCGGAUGCCAAUUUCUUCAGGGAUCUUCUCCAGACCGCCGACUCUCCAGACAUCAUCAUUUUUGGAUUCCAGGAACUGGUGGAUCUGGAGGACAAGAAAGCCACAGCAAAGCGAUUCCUGAAGCCGAAGAAGAAGGAAGGGUCUGAUCAAGAGCGGAUGAGCCACCAAUAUCGCGAUUGGCGUGAUUUCCUGAUUCGCAGUCUGGAUGAUUAUAUGCAGGGCGAUUUGUAUCAUCUGCUCCACACCUCUCCCCUGGUCGGCCUCUUUACUUGCAUCUUUGUCAAGGCAGACUUACGUGGACGCAUCAGCAAUCUCAGCAGCAACGAGGUCAAGCGCGGUCUCGGUGGUCUACAUGGUAACAAGGGCGCCAUCGUGGUGCGUUUCCUGGUCGACGACACUUCGCUCUGCUUCAUCAACUGCCAUCUGGCUGCGGGUCAAUCAGGCGCCAACCAGCGGCAUAACGACGUAGCCGCGAUCCUGGAUGCGUCUGCUUUCCCAUCCGAGCGCGACCCCGCCGUGCGUAUCGAUAGCUAUGUCGGCGGUGGUGACGGCACCAUGAUUCUGGACCACGAACUAUGCGUGCUCAACGGCGAUCUCAAUUACCGAAUCGACACCAUGAGCCGUGAUACGGUAGUAACGGCAGUCAAGCAGGGCAACUUGACAAAACUGCUCGAGCGUGACCAACUGCUUGUUGCCAAGAGGAGAAACCCCGGGUUCCGGCUGAGAGCUUUUGAUGAGCUUCCGAUCACGUUCGCGCCAACGUACAAAUACGAUGUUGGAACAGAUAACUACGACACAAGUGAGAAGAAGCGUAGCCCAGCCUGGUGCGACAGACUCUUGUACCGUGGCAGGGGCAGGAUAGAACAGUUGGACUACAGGAGGCACGAGGUACGGGUGUCGGACCACAGGCCGGUCAGCGGCAGGUUCAGGUUCUUGGUGAAGAGGAUUGAUCCUAGGAGGAGAGCCCAGGCUUGGAUGGAGUGCCAGCAGCUGUGGGAAGACCUGAGGGCUAAGGAGGCGUAUGCCGAGAAAUACUACUACCUUACCCAAGUCAUUGGGUACGAUCAUGACACUUCUGAGCGACUGAUCACGGAACAGGCCUCAAGAAAGCAAAUGAACCGCAGCCCAAGUCGACGUCAGGCGUAGAAGAAUUACCAAAAUAAUCGAAGAGCAGGAUACCACUCGACUGCGCCAUCACUGAGUGACUUUUAUUUUCUUAUAGAGAAAGGAUACACAAGUCUAUUAUUUAUCUACAGCAUACCGCAUAUACAUAUACACUCCGCUGGAAAGAGAGAAAGGAAGAAGUAGAAACAUACAAUGGCUAAAAACGGGGCCUCUGGUUAGACAGGAUACAGGA